AUGCGAAACGCACGAGAGGUCUGUCGCGUUUCCGAGAAGUGCGUGAGCGUGGAAAUGGUAGCAAGAUGGCGGCGCUGAAGGAGGAGCAGUGUUACGGACUGUCUUGUGGAAGAGUGAGCAAUGGCAGCAAUAUCUCAGUCUUUCACGUUAAACUUACUGACAGUGCUGUGAGGGCGCUGGAAGACUAUCAGAGCAGUAAGGGUCUGUCUGCUCAACCACUGAUACGAUUCACUGGAAAUCAAGGGAAAAUCACAAUACCCCAGUCCACAAGUCCAAAUGAUCUGCGCACGUUUACGUUCUAUCUGUCUAAUGUGGGGAGGGAUAAUCCCCAGGGCAGCUUUGACUGCAUCCAGCAGUACAUUACAAGUGAAGGGAGCAUACAGCUGGACUGCCUGGGAGGGAUCCAGGAUAAAAUUACGGUGUGUGCCACAGACGACUCUUACCAGAAGGCCAGGCAGAGCAUGGCUCAGGCAGAGGAGGAGACACGCAGCCGUGCUGCCAUCGUCAUCAAGCCCGGUGGCAGAUAUGUGGGUAAACGGGUCCAGAUCCGGAAACCAGCGAUGGCCCUUUCGGACGUGGCCCCGUUGCGGCGCUUUUCUCGUCCUGUACUCAUCUCCAGCAGCAUGAAGAAGAGUACGGCGCUGCCACGGCCACUCAGGGAGCGCCUAGUCCACUUACUUGCCCUCAAACCCUACCGCAAGCCUGAGCUGCUAGUGCGCCUCACAAAGGACGGCCUCUCACCCCAGGAUAAGGACACUUUGGACAGCCUCCUGCAACAGGUGGCUAAUCUGAAUAGCAAGGACAACACCUUCACAUUGAAGGACUGUUUGUUUAAGGAGGUUCAGAAGGAUUGGCCUGGCUACACUGAGGUAGACCAGCAAAUUCUAAAGAGGAUCCUUGUACGGAAACUGUGCAAGGCUCAGAGCAGUGGUCCCGUGCCUGGGGAGAAUCCAGUCAGUCCGCACAAAGAGCAGGCCAGUAGCUCUCCAUCGCAGAAAAGAACUACCGAAGAUUUUAUCGACCCCCUGGCAAGCAAGAAGCCCAGGAUAUCACACCUGAUCAGCAAGGGAUCAGCACCCGUCAACGGAAAGUUGAACUCUUCAAAUGGGAAGGACUCAUGCGGCUUAUCCAGUGCCCCGCUUCCGCUACUGGAUCUAUCUCAGCAUCUUGAACCACUGUCAGAUGUCAGCAACGACUCGAGCCACAAUGGCCGGGACUGUGAAGGCCAGGAGGCAGCAGUGGCUGAGAGGCUUAGCCAAACAACAGCCUUAACAGGGAGCUCUCUGCAGACAGAGGCAGCGUUAGGCUCCACCCCUUCGGUGCCCUGCAGCCUAGAAGGAUCAAAGGACCGCAGCAGCUCACCCUCGCUGCAUGGCAAGUCCAAAAAGUCCAAAAAACGCAAAGAUAAAGACAAGUCCAGAAAGAGAGAUCCAGAGAAGGACAAAAGGGAAAAGAAAGGAGAGGAGGACGGUGACGGAUCGCAGCUGAAGAAAUUGUACAAGGUUACUACAAGUCCAGACCUGAGCAUGAUGAGUAUUCCACAUAAAAGCACAGAUCUGAAUGGAAUGUACAACAGCUCCAGUAUUCCUGCAUCUUCUUCUGUGAUGGCAGACUAUUUACUAAAAUACACUGAGAUUGGCUCCCAGGAGCAGCGUCAGAGCUAUAAGAAUGACUUUAACGCAGAGUAUAGUGAGUACCGGGGACUCCACGCACGAAUAGAGGGUAUCACCCGGCAAUUCACUGUGCUGGACGCUGAGCUGAAACAGCUCCAACAAGGCACAGAUCAGUAUAAGACAAUCCACAAUCAAAUACUUCAAGAGUAUCGCAAAAUAAAAAAGACUAAUCCCAACUACAGCCAAGAGAGGAACCGCUGUGAAUAUCUCCACAACAAGCUGGCACAUAUAAAGAAACUUAUAGCAGAAUAUGAUCAGCAGCAACUUCAACAUUGGCACUAAUCAUGUUGUGUUUUUUUCCCUUUUACCUUCUGGAAACAAGACAGUGAGAGAGAAACUCUGGAUUCUGGGGAGUUUUCUUUAUUUCUGUUUUCUGGCUUGCUCUAAAACAGCAAUUGCUGUAAGGAAAAAUGUCAUGAAGAAAGCAUUCCUGCCCCCCCCACCCCACCCCCAAAGAGGGCCUACAGCUCUAGUGAGGGCACUACAGGCAGUUAUCAGUUUUCUUUUUCCUUUUUCCCCCCGUUUUUUUGCAGGGGGUUGGGUGGGUUGUGUUUUACACUGCGUAUGGAAAAGUCUUCUGGGCAUCGGUUCCCUCUCUAAGAGCACAUGUGUCUCCCAAAGAGCAGAAGACCUUGGAAUUUUUUCCUUGCUUUAUAAACUGGGGCAGGCAACACUGAAACUGAUUUCUCAAGGUUUCUUACUUUGUUUAUUAAAAGAAGUUAAGAGAAAUAUCAUGUUUCCUUAUAUAUUGAAUGGAAGGUACUCAUAUUAUUUAUUCUUUUGUCUUCCUGGGGGUUUAUACCAGAUCUGUUGUACACUCCUCAGUAUGAGCUCUAAACUUUUUUCCAAGCUAAAAAAAAAAAAAAAAAAAAAAAAAAAAAAAUCAGUAUUUUAUGCAAAUGCUGCCUUUGGUUCCAGGUAGUCCAUAGUUUGCAGUUCAUUAAUUCAUUAGGUUUAGUCUCUGGCUUAUGCAGGGACUCUCCUGAAUAUCUCAAGCCAAGCCAGUUUAGCCUCUUUUACACUGUGUGUGAUAUUGUACCGGUUUCUUCCAUGCAAUGGAUGUUGAUAUGCCUACAGGUGGGACAAUGGUGUCUAUGUGUAAAGGCUUUGACUGUAUGCUGUUGAUUUAAUUUCUGGCUUGGUUGAACCUGCUACGCCAAAGGUGGCCAUUUUCCUUAUUUAAUUAAGAGCCUGGGUGUGUCUCAGAGUGAUAGUCGGAUGCUAUAACUGCAGCCGUCUGUGUUUAUGCCCACCCUUCUAUUAUGAAGUUACCUAGUACUAUGAAAUAUGUGCAAAAGCAUUACACCAGCCUUGAUGGACUUGGUUUUCAAGUCAUAUUUAUCAGGUAAAUUAUAUAUAAGAUCCUUCAAAUAUGGCUGUAUCCCUUUAAAGUAUCAAGAUUGUGCACACAUGGUGAGAUCCAGAGACUAAGCAGGAGUAUGAGCUGGACAUGUGCUGUACUGUAUUUUUUAUUUGCCAGCUCUUUUUGAUAAUGUAGAGCUCUAGACCAACUGCAGUUUGGAGAAAUGUGUAUGAAGACCUUUUUUUUUUUUUUUUUUUUUCCCUCCCUUUACCGUACUUCACACCAUGCAGUUAUAUAACUGAACUUUAAGCGCCAGCAUUUUGAGAUGACAGCUAACCCAUAAUGCAGGAUCAGUCUCUGAGUAUUUGUCAUUCUUAGUAUUAACCUUUCAGUUGCUUCGACAUAGAGAGCAGAGUCAGAACUCCUAUCAUGUCUGUAAAGAUUUUUGAAGAAUGAUUUUACAAUUGACAGCUGUCUAGAAAUAGUUCACCUGUUCAAUCUUAUCAGAAGAUCUUUUCUGAUAUUGAGCUUUUUAUGUUUAAAUAUUAAAAUUCUGCACUUUGCACAGCCUCUUGCUGUUACUCUUACCUGGGUUUUGCUGCAAGGAUACAUUUGUCUUGUCCAUCUUAGUGCAUGCUUUUGUGAAUGUGUUCAGGAAAAAAGACCAGAACUUGUACCAUACUUUUAUUACUACUGUAGAAGGGUAUUCCGAUUCUAAUAAAACCUGAUGAGAUGCAUAUCUGCCAACAUUUGAGACUAGACAACAGAACAUACCCUCCAUUGUUUCCCCAUCAGUGUGAGGAGCAACUGCUCGUCUUGUAUUAGAUUCAACUUCUUAUGAUUACAGUAUUGAUUUGGCAUUUAUUUGAUUUGACAGUGCAUUGCGAUAGGCUGGUUAGUUCAGGAUUAAGUGAAGAGAUAUUUGUAGAUCUUGGUAGAAAUCUUAGACCCUUUCUAAAUUAAACUACAUUUUAAUAGAAACUUGUGUCUACAAACCUCCAGGAUUUUUUUUCCUCCUGGACAUAGAGUUAAUUGGUGCUAAAGCUAAUUGGUGCAAGCUACAAACAAUAACACUGUUACAACAUUGCAUUAGUUUAGGACUAACCUCAAUCUUCAAUUGGUCUUAAUUUCACUAUUUUAUUUUGCUUUAGUUAUGCUGUCAACAAAAUUAGCUUCAAAUAUGCCAAAUGACAUGUUGUAUAGGGUAGUGUAAGAUAAAAUAUGCUGCUGUUUUAACAAAACAGGGGAGGCUUUUGAAAAUAAGUUUUAAUGUUAAUGCUAAAACCCAAAGCGUGCUUUUUUAAUGUUCAGGACUGGGACUGAAAUUUGUCUUAGCAUUUCAAUAAAAUUCUCAAACCUUUUAUAUUUUGGGGUCAUUUGAAUGUUCCUUUAGAGCCGUUUCUUCAUCCUGAUCCUAACGUACCACUGCCUUUUUGAUGGUUUCCUUGCUACCUACUAACCUUGCUCAACUCAUCAGUGAAUGAAGAAUCCUGAACUACAUUGACAUAGGU